AGUGAGUCGUGCCAAUCACUGCUCUCUUCCUCGUACAUACAGCCACAAAUUAAUAGAGUAUCGGUCCAGGCAUUUGGCUACUACGCGCCGAAGCAGCGAACACCUAUACGAGUAUCUAUCACCACGUUAGACCACGGGCGUGAAGGUCCAGCCUCUGAGAAUUACGAUCGAGAAGUACAUAAUUAGCAGCAACAGUGUCGCAGCAUUUGAGGCCACAACAUCGCACAGAGCGCGUGGGGAUCACAGUUUAGCAGUCUCACGCGCGUGGUGUCAGAUCCUCCGGCGUCUGUGUCGGUAGCAUUAUUUCACUCUCCCCCGUCGGUGUAGGAAGGGUUGACACGUGCCCCCUCAAUGUAGAGCUGUGGGAGAGAAUAUCACAGAACGUGUUGGGAUUGAUACAAGUAACUCCCGCCCAAUGUGAACCGGGGCAUUGCCGUAACAGAGGCACCGCAGGAAGAGUGAACAUCUCAGACGAGGAUUAUAGCAGCUCUGGGAUUCCUAACCGGGCCAAAGAGGGGUACGGUGAAUGCUCUACACUACUAACUCUCCCGAUCGUGGAGCGAGAGUGGGAUUUUAUUUGUGAAAUACAACCCUGGUGUACCAAACACCAUGCGUGUGUAUAUUAGGACUUGUCGUAGCACUUGGCUACUCCGGGUACAUUUAGUGUUGGUAUUCUGCCUGGGGUACGUGUGUUCCGCUGGUUACAUCAAAAUGUUUGCGGGUCAACAAACUCCACCUGAUCCUUGCUAUGAUGAAAAUGAGAAACCCAAGAGGUGCGUUCCAGACUUUGAGAAUGCUGCUUUUAGUAAAGAAGUGGUGGCAUCGAGCACCUGUGGUUCUCCGCCGAGCAGGUAUUGCAAGUCCACAACGGACAACGAUGCGAAGGUUAUCAGGAACUGUUUUAUCUGUGACGCGAAUCACCUCAAGCGCAGACACCCGCCGUCAUAUCUGACGGACCUCAAUAACCCGAACAACCUCACCUGCUGGAUGUCAGAGCCGUUUGUCCAGUACCCCCAGAAUGUCACGUUAAACUUGUCCUUGCACAAAAAAUACGAGCUCACAUACAUCAGUUUACAGUUCUGCUCUGCUCGGCCGGAUUCUAUGGCAAUCUUUAAGAGUAUGGACUAUGGUAAAACAUGGAUACCUUUUCAGUACUACUCCAGCGACUGUAAGAAGAUGUACAGCAAAGAUGCCGUCGCUGUCGUCACUAAAGCCAACGAGCAGAAAGCUUUGUGCACUGAGGCCUACAGCAACAUCGACCCCCUGGGUGGGGCCCGGGUGGGGUUCAGCACUCUGGAGGGACGUCCAUCGGCUCUGGAUUUCGACAACAGCCCCGUUCUUCAGGACUGGGUAACCGCCACGGAUAUUAUGAUUGUGUUUAAUAAAUUAAAUACCUACGGUGAUGAAACGAAGGAUGACGAGGGGGCCAGGGAGAGUUACUACUACGCUCUGAGCGACUUCGCCGUCGGUGGCCGUUGUAAAUGUAACGGUCACGCUUCUCAAUGCAUUCCAAAUCGCGAUGGGAGAUUGGCCUGUGACUGCAGGCACAACACCGCAGGGUACGACUGUGAGAAGUGUAAGCCAUUCCAUUAUGACCGCCCAUGGGCACGGGCCACCCCCGGAGAAACUAAUGAGUGUGUUGCCUGUAAUUGUAACCUCCACGCUAGACAAUGUCGCUUCAAUAUGGAAUUAUACCAAUUAUCUGGCUACAAAAGUGGGGGAGUCUGUCUUCGCUGCAGACACAACACUGCUGGUCGAAAUUGCAAUUACUGCAAAGAGGGUUACUAUCGCGAUAGAACCAAACCGAUGACCCAUAGGAAGGCUUGUAAAGCAUGCGACUGUCACCCUGUGGGCGCCCUGGGGAAGACGUGUAACCAGACCACAGGUCAAUGCCCCUGCAAAGAUGGCGUCAUUGGGCUUACCUGCAACAGGUGCGCGAAGGGGUACCAGCAGAGCAAGUCUCAUAUCGCUCCUUGCAUCAGAAUGAAGAGAGUGCCCAAUUCUACAAUUAGAGAAGACGUUUUCUUUCGCAGUCGAGGCUCGAAAGACAAAGAAAAAAUACCCAAGCCGACAACAACAUCAAAGCCGAAAAAGACGGUAAAACAGUCGUCCGAAUGCCGGAAAUGCAAGAAAAGAAGUCGAAGACUCAACAUGAAAAAAUUCUGCCGUCGGGACUUUGCAAUCCAGGCACAGGUUCUGUCACGUGAAAAGGUCGAUGAUUGGGUCAAAUUUACCAUCAACGUCGUCAGCUUCUACAAGCGAAGCCAAGGGGAGAGAACUCGCCGUGGAGAAACCUACUUGUGGGUCCCAAAGGACGAUCUCAAAUGCAAAUGUCCAAAGAUCCGCUUGAGUCGUCGUUACUUGAUUGUGGGGAAGUUGAGGAGGGACGACAACCGCACCGGCUACGUUGUAGAUCGCAAAAGCAUCGUGAUCCGCUGGAAGGACAAAUGGCAGAAGAGGUUGAGAAGAUUUGCUAAACACGAGCGUCGCGGAAAGUGCCGGAAGUGAAGUCGGAAAUAGUGCCGAAUUGAAUAUACCUCGUAUUAAACAAACACCCGAAUAAAGAUCAAGAGAUUACAAUACAACGAUGAAUAGGAUGUGAUAUUUGUUUAUCUCAAUCGACUGAAAUACACAGGGAAUAUGAUAUUAUGUUUCAAAACGGAAAUGACGUCAUUUCUGUGUAGGUAGAUAUGAUGAGAAUCGGAUCUGACCGCAACAAUGCUGCAUUGUGGGUAUAGCUGAGACAGUAGUGGAGAUGGACUCGUGUAGAUAGCUUGUUGGUUUCCUCAUCACAAGAUUCAUUCAAACAGAUCAACGAUUCAAUAGCUGAUCCGUGUCACUGAGGACAUCGAUUGACAGGAACUGAUCACACUUUGAACUGACUCAACACGGGAAACCAAGUCUGAACCAUGCUAUGGUGUUUCUACAUAUCUGUGGUCUGUAGCAGUGACGUCAUUGUCACAUACAACAUGACGUGGACAUGUAUUAUGACGUCAGCGAUAAGGUAUUCUGGAAGCACACAAAGGCUAUCAAGGUAACCGGACAUUUGAGAGUUACCACCCUUGUUCUAGAUUGUCUAUACAAUGUAUUGAGAGACAAUAUACCAGGUGACUUGAGCGAAAAGCGUAGUAACUGAAGACAUGGUUUCUCAACCACUUUACCUCUAAACGCGGAGGAGGAUCAUGAGCACUUUUGAUGGUGUUGUGAAAUUAAAUUUAUGAAUUAGCGAGCCAAUAGUCACGUGAUUGUAUAUUUCUGUUGAUUUGACUGGACCGUGGAGCUCGCUGCGAGGCAUUCGAUUGCGCUGAAUCGCUUGCCUACAUUUCUAUCGCCUAUGUACAUUGCGUAUUUGAGGACUAUAUUUUGUGGAUAUGUUUAAAUAUUAAUAAUAUAUAUAUAUAUCUUUAUAUAUAUCAUGUUGACCUAUAGAUCUGGUAGAUGUGAUUGCAUAAUUUGUCAUUGUUCUUUUAGACUUGUUCAUGUUCUAGAUCAUGAAACUGCCACAUUAAAUUCAUUGUCCAUUGCUGUCAUGUUUUGACAUUUGACGUGUUGAAAUGUCAUACAUUGCCAGCUGAUAAUUUAUUCACGCGUCAAGAGAUGAAAUGUUAUUUUAUCAUGCAAGUAAAAUGAAAAUUGGAGGUCAACCUGAACUAUUUAUGUCAGUAUAAAUAUGACUCAUACGAAUUAUCUCCCCUGUGUAGAUAGCCCAUGGAAUACCGCCGGAAACGCAUCACAUUUUCUCACAAAGUCAAUGACCCAUUUAUAUAAAUGAGUAUCUGCCUGCACAUUCCCCUGUGGAAAUGUCAAUAUGAAUAUAAACCCCUUUAUCAGGAAUUGUAAUAAUGAACGUUCAUUGAUGAUGUUAAGAUACUUUCAUUUACAACAUGUAAGACUGUUUCAUUUCAAGGUGUUCAAUCAUCACAAACCUCAUCGGAAACUGUUUACGAUAUGAUAUUAUCCUUUAGAUGGCACCUGCCCCCCUCGUGUCAGAAGGCGUCAUCUUCAUGUUAGUUCGGUAUGUUAAAGUGCUGUACCUUAAUUGCAUAUAUAGUUAUAUACCAAAAUUAUUGAUUUUCGGCCAUUUCCGUUAAGUUAACGGAAACGAUCGAAGUGUUCCAAAUGAAGAAUGGCGAAGUCUUCCGACAAUGUACAUGUUCCCAGUAAGGUGUAGCAUCUGUCAUAUUAGUCUCAACAACGGCUCGACAUAAGUAAGUUUCAUCAUGUAGAAUAUUAGACUUCCAGACAAUAUAUUCUGCCUUUUUCCCUUUUCUGUAAAGAUUUACGAUAUCGAAAGAAUUUUGUGUAAAUCUACCAGAGAUCGUUUGCAUAGUGUCUGUAAAUGUUGGUAAGAGCUGAAUUAUUGAAUAUUUUACAGUGUACAUUCAUAUUUUUGUAGAUUAGGCCGUAGGCCUGUGAAAGUGUAUAUUUUAAUUUAACUAACCUAUUGUCAUUUCUCACCCACUCUGUGAAUUAGCGUUGACUCAAGUAGACCGUCAGUCUGUUGAAUCAAGUAGACCUCAGCCUGUAUUCCCCGAGAAUAAAGUCAGUAUCUCCUA